AUGCGGAGUAUGAAGCAUCUAGCUGCCUACCUUCUUCAGUUCUCUCAGACCGUUCCAGCUGCCAACAGUGCUGAGGCGUACAUGGAUGUCCUCAGCCGUCUGGAGCGAGAUUCUGGCCUCAUGGACUGCGACGCUAUUCGCCGCGCCGCGACGGCGAUCGCGAAUUUCCGCAGGGGCCGAAACUCGCCUCUCGCGUCGAGAGAGCCAAGGCGCUUCCGCCCCUACGACGGCGAGAGAGAACGCACAUUGCGAGGGACAGGAAAGGCACGAAGGGAGAAGGAGGCUGCGGAGUGGAGAGGCCUGCUGGGAGGCGGCCAGAGACGGGCAGGUAUUUUUUCCAGCGAUUUCGAGCCCGAGGCAGAGACCAGUGAAACAGUUCGACUCGCCGAAGACCGCGCUGUCGAGGCCCUCAUGAAACAAGCAGGGGAACAGCUUCUCGAGGCAACCCCCCUUCGCACCGCCUGUCGCCUCCUCGCGCUGUUCGCCGUCUACUUCCGCCUUUUCUACCUUCCCUUCUACGCCGCGUUCUCCCUCAAGUUCUGCCAGCAGUACUUGCGAGCGUCCGGCCAGGAGCUAGCAGAUGUCGCCCACGCCUUUGCCUUGCUUCACCUUAAAGACGCGCACCUUUUCGAAAGUGUAGCGACUGCCUCGGCGACAAUUCUCUCCACCUUUUCUCCCACGCACCUCAGUCGACUUCUUCUCUCCUUCGCUCUUGUCGGGCUCUCUUGCGAGUCUCUCUUCCUUGACGCUGCGCCCCACAUCGCCCGCAUGUCAGCGCGCUUCUCUCCCGAAGAAGUGGGGCACCUAGCUUUUGCCCAUGCCAGGUUUCGCCUGUGCACUCUGCAGCUUCAAAGCAUUUUGGCUGCGCGCGUGCCGGACAUUCUGCCCCACCUCUCGUCGCCCCAACUGGCCGAGUUGGUGAUUUCUAUGAGGCAGCUGAGAGUCCCUCUCUCUCUGGAUGCCCAGGUAGCAAAACAUGCCGACCGUCCGGGCUCCAUAUACUCUUUUACCUCCCCGUUUUAUUUGCAGGCGCAACUGGCGGAACAUAUUGAUUUGUCUGAGCUGGACUGGGAACUUCUGGGGGCGUUUCUCUCUGCACUCUCGCCGCUCCAGGCCUUGCCGACCUCUUUCUGGCAACAGGCAACGACUGAGUGUCUCUCGAGGCUUCUGCUUCCUCUGACGUCGAUGGAACUGCUCGCCGCGAGAGAAAAGAGGAGGGAAAGGGGGUGGAGGGACGUGAGCGACGACAGUUACGGCACAUGUGAGGCCGGUUCUGUUGCGGCAUGGAGGGACUUCGAGAGCGGCUUACAGCAGUUGGAAGUGUCUUCGCAACCUCUGUCUUCGUUGCCGUGCUCUCUUGGGGGCUCCUCUGCCGUGUCUUCCUCUCCUGUCUCGUCCUCCGCUUCCUCUCAUUCUGCGCGUAAUCGCUAUACGCUGCCUCCUGACUUGCCUGUUUUCCCGCUCCCUGCCAUCUCGGCAUUGGUGGAUUGCUUCCUCUCCUUCUCUGCUCUGUUUGCUGGUUCUCUGUCGGGCUCGACAAAUGCUCCGGGAGACCUGCUAACAUCUCUCCCUGCCGUUCUCGCCGCUCUUGCGCGCUGCCUGUGUUCUUCGCUUGCAUCUCCUGGAGAAAACGAGGCCAGGGAUGCCGCGUUUUCUUCGGCGUCCGAAGAAUGCGGGAACCCGGGGAGAGGAAAAGGAGCAACACGAAAGGAACUGGUCGACGCUCUUCUCCCGGCGGACGUCGCGAGGCUGUAUCGGGCCUUGCGAGGAGGUGUGAGGUCUCACUGGGAUGUCGAGAAGAGAAAGUGGAAAGAAACGAAGGAAUGCGCCACCCCCCGUCCCCAAUCUAUCGGUGGUUUUGACGCUGCGCCGGACCGGAGACCACAUCGAGGGCGUACGAAUGACGGCGAGGGAAGUAAAGAAGAGACACUCCCGAGAGAAGGCGCUGAAGACCCGUCCAGCUCUCACGUCACUUCCGAAUGCAUGCAGAAGAGCGGUAGAGAGGGACACCUAAAGGAAGCACAGGACGGAGCCCCGAGGCAGCAAGUGAUGGGUGAUUUGCGUCACGACGAUCUUGUCGCUGAUGGGGAGGAAGGCGCAUGGAUCGACGCGCAAGUGAACAGCUUACGCCACAUGUCGCAUUCGGCUUAUAGUUGGGAAGUCAUGGAGCUCAGCUGUAUGGGUAGAAGCGCUCGACGUGGCGGUGACGAGAGGGAACAAGCGAGAAGCGCUUUCGAGAGGUUGAGAUGCCACGACGAUGGAGACGAAAGUGGAGGGGCACGGGGAAGCAUCGUCGAAGGUGAGCGAGGCGGGGAUACCGAUCGAACACCUGACACGACGGCACUCUGGAUGGACGCGGUUGUCGGCCGCGCCACGAAUACUCUCUCAAGCGAGUGUCUCGGCUUCGAUGUGGGAGCCGAAGAAGGUGAAGGCGAAGAGGCGGGAGAAGGCGACCGAGGGCUUUCGAUCUGUGGCGCUCUGUGCGAUACUGCGAACUCGCUCGCGUCGGGGGAAGGGCAGGACGGGGCGAUUCUAAGACUGGAAAUGGGUCUGCUUCGGCGCUUCCUGUCGCUGGACCCUGGAGCCUUCAGCCUCGCUCAGCUGCUCGCCAUCACAUACUCCCUGAUCGCUCUGUAUCCCCCGCCUGCACGAGCCGUCGCCUCUCCGGGGUCGCUUCGGUCUCUCCAGUCUCUGCCUGACCGCGUGGACGCGUUUCCUUUUGCCUCUUCUUCUUCUACAAGACGAACCCAGCUUCACACGUCUCUGACUAAACACGAGGGAAACUACAGGAAAGCUCUGCAGUCGAAACCGCCCCCGUGUCCUACGUCUCUCUCUCAGGGUGCCUCGGGCGCCUUUCUGGAGGUCGCUUGUCGGGGACUAGCGAGUGCCCUGUGUCGUGUCCAGAAGAAGGAAGGCGUGCGCGACGACGAGCCUGCACAGGCCAUACAGUACCUGCCAUUCCUCCAGCAGUUUCUAUUUUCGUGGAGAGAUCGCAUUUAG